UAUUUGUUUUCAGAUUGGAAAUCCAGGGACCCAGGCUGGCCCAUGUUUGGCUUAGUAAGGGCGCCUUCUUGGAAAUUUGCGCGCCCCUCGGCGUGCGUGAGAGAGAGACACGGAUACCCCAUAGGCCUUAUAAUAGAUAAAGAAACUCCGCCACGAUCUACUGCUCUUCGUAGCCUCUCCAGAACUCCUAAUUCAUUUCCCAGCUCCUCUUCAGUUCUUCGCUCCCAUCAGUUUCGGAUCCCAAUUCAACCAACUUCUAGAGUUCUAAGAUCAGACAUGGAAGUGCAUCAACCACAACACGAACCUGAUACCUAUUAUGACUUGGUAAUCCUUGGCGCCUCUGGGUUUACAGGCAAAUACGUAGUAAGGGAAGCUUUGAAAUUCCUUGACACCCCUUCAUCUCCCCUCAAAACCAUAGCCCUUGCUGGCCGGAAUCCAGCCAAAUUGGAUGAAGCUCUGAAAUGGGCUUCUCACCCGGCAUCCCCUCCUUCCAUUCCCAUUAUUAAAGCCGACAUCUCGGAUCCUGCUUCACUUCGAGAGCUUUGCAGCAAAACCAAGCUCGUCUUGAACUGCGUUGGCCCCUUUCGCCUUUAUGGAGAACCCGUCGUCUCUGCUUGCGUUGAAGUGGGUUGCGAUUACCUGGACAUAUGUGGUGAACCUGAAUUCAUGGAGAGAAUGGAGGCUCUGUAUCACGACAAGGCCGUGGAGAAGGGGUCGUUGGUGGUUUCCGCAUGUGGGUUUGAUUCGAUUCCGGCGGAACUGGGUUUGAUGUUCCAUUCCAGGCAGUGGGAACCACCGUCAUUACCGAACAGAGUUGAGGCAUAUGUGAGUUUGGAGUCGGACAAGGGGAUAGUUGGGAAUUUCGGGACCUUUGAGUCAGCGGUUUUGGGUGUAGCCAAUAUGAAGCAGUUGCAGGAGUUGCGUAGGUCUAGACCCAGAAGAUCUAGGCCGGUGAUUCCUGGACCCCCUCCAAUGAAUGGACCAAUAGAUCACCAGAAGACAAUUGGCCUUUGGGCUGUUAAACUACCUUCAGCAGACUCCAUUGUUGUGCGAAGAACUCUUGCAUUUUUAACGGAUAGCCCACGUGGCCUUCCUGGAAUGGAGGAAAGUGAGGAGCAGAUGGAGUACAGAAAGAACUUCUGGUCAAAGGUGAAGCCAACCUAUUUUGGGGUCAAGAUAAGCUCCAAGUCUCUGUUGGGUGUUCUACGAUUUAUCACAGUUGGGAUCUCCAUCGGCCUCUUUGGAAGAACUGCUAUUGGGAGGUGGCUACUCUUAAAGUUUCCCUCCUUUUUCAGCCUUGGGUGGUUUAGGAAGAAGGGUCCAACCGAGGAAGAAGUUGAAAGUGCUACAUUCAAAAUGUGGUUCAUUGGGCAUGGUUACAGUGAUGGUAGUCUUGCAUCACAGGGAAACAGAAAACCAGAUACAGAGAUAAUUACCAGAGUUAUGGGACCAGAAGUUGGAUACUUGACCACUCCUAUUAUCUUGAUUCAGUGUGCUCUUCUUGUAUUAAACAGACGCAACGACAUGCCCAAAGGAGGUGUCUUCCCCCCUGGGAUUGUUUUUGGCCCAACUGAUCUCCAGGAACGACUCCAGCAAAAUGGGAUAUCCUUCGAUAUUAUCUCAAAGAAUGCUGUUCCAGUCUAGUCUCUACAAUCUUAACUAGAUGUUUUAACCUUCAAGCAGUUUUAACAGGAAAUGGAUAGCGUCCAGUUUGUGAACUUCUGAUAGAGACCAUAGGCAAGCAAUAAAUACAGCUUUAAAUUUAACCAUUGCCUUGUGGUUGUAUUUGGUUCAACAUAUAAGUUUUCCUUCUCCUUUCCUGGUAAA